UGGGUACUUCAAAUGAUAUAGAGCUAUAUGCACGCCCAACCCCACCCAGAUGGUUCCAGAUGCAAAAGUGUGACAGGGGGUGGAGGCCCUAUAAUGUAGUGGAGGCCCUGUAAUGGAGAGGAGGUCCUGUGUUUAUUUCAAAACUUUGUGGUGGCUCCACCAGUUCAUCUGUUUGUGCAUAGCAUAUCUGCAAAUUGCAGUCGCAAUCGCACUUUUCGUGUAAAGAUAACCACAGCAUAUUCUACCAAAAUAAUGACACCCCGGCGAAGUGACCACCCUCACGGCGCCGACACACCCGUGGCUCACUGGUCGGCACUCGACCAGAUUGUCCACACUCUAAUCAACAGCUUGCCACAAGGAGAGACCAAUCCUUCACUGCAACAAACUGCCUCCGCACCCGGAUCUAAUAUCACCAGAAGAGCUAGUGAAAGCGAUGUACUAGACCCCAUUCUGUUCACAGAUGCCCAUAUUCUCAGUGAGUACGACCGGCACGUGGCGCGACGGCUCGACGUGGGCUGGGGGUCUGGCCCGUCUCUGUCCCCCUAUGAUCAGAUUGUUUCUGGUGCUACCCCGGUCCUGACAUCUGGUAGCAUCAUGGUACCGAAUUUGGGUGCCCGAUCUCAGGAAGAUAGGUCCACUACUGGGCGACUACACUCAGUAGGCGGCUUUUUCCACGGGAUAGAGCACCAGUUUAGCCCAGAAGUGUCCUCUAGACCCACAUCUUCCAGAGCCGUUGCUGGUCCCAGAAGAAGACCCCGUCGAAGUAUCACCGAGAGCUUUGAACGGCGCCAUCUCAGCGCCACAGAGAACCCCAUCCUGUUGUUGGAUAGUCGUCCACCGCCCGCAACCACCUCAUUUGAGCUUAUGAGACCCGAUGCGUUUGAUACGCUUUUGGGUUCAAUCAACGACAAUUGGGGUAAUUCAGAGAGGCAGCAUAUCAAUGAUAUCAACAGCCGUUCCAUUGAUGAGUUGACUCGGAGCGAGACCCGUAGAGCUGGCCUUAAUCGCAGAAAUGCCAUCAGAAGAAGUGUCCCCCACAUUGACCGGUUUAAAGAUACCCUGAGAGCGUUUUUCAAGACCCAUACAAAAGAUUUGCUAAAGGUGCAAAAGGAGCUUCGAAGAGCCAACUUCAACAACCCGCUUCUCAGGUGCUUCAAGAACCAUAUGAACCAGCGGUUCUUAGGUAAUAAUUACGUGCUGAAGAUGAACUCCACCCUUGCGAAGUCCCGUUCAGGUGUUCUUUUCACCACCAAAAAGAGAACCAUUUCUGCCAAAAAAAAUGUCAAGCGUCGUAGAACCAACACCGAAGCAACCUGGCCAGGUUCACAUGUUGAAGAAGAUGACGAUGAUAGUCUGAUAGACAAAGAGUCCAAUUCUGACCACCUCAAGCAGCAUCUUUUGAAUAUCCCCUUCAAUUCAUACCUCAGUAUAGGUUCCUCGUUCGACUUCCAAUUCGGGGCCUCAGAGGCUAAUAUGUUUGUGUUGGACGUGAAUUACCAAACCAAGGAAAUCAGAAUUCAAAUUACAAUCUUACCCAACCCUGAAACUUGUAGCUGGUAUAUUGGGGAUAUCACCAAGUUUUUGAUGUUUUUUGCCAUUCUGGAACUUGAAGAAAAUUUGGAAAUCAGAAAAAAACUUGAUACUUUGCUUGAUAUAUUACGGCAGAUCUCACCGAACGACCUGGUGGUCCAAAAGAUGAAAUCGAACUUGUUCAAGUUCGAAGUAUCAGGAAAUUUGAUUGACUUUAACCAGUACGAUUUGAGAACAAGCAAUAACUUGAGUUCUAAUCGUCAACUUAACAAGUGGUUGACCAUGCCACCUUUUCGAUACUUGGUUAUUCCUCAUACCAAAUCUAUCAUAGACUCAUUUAAUCCCAAGAUUCGUUCGGAAGGAAACACAGAGAAGGAGUUCAAAUUGAUGUUCUCGGGUCUCUGCAACAUAGUCGAGUAUGGGCUUAUUAAGUCCCCAAAAAUUAUGGCGUUGGCAAAGAGUAUGGCGGAUGAGAUGGAAGGGUUUUGCAGACACUACACUGGAACAGACUUCAAUAUGAUUUCCACCAGACGAACUUCCAGUUUAUUGGAUAAAGCAGUGAACCUCAUCACCUGUAAGAAUUGUUUGAUACACUUACAAACUGCGUUUAUUAUGUUUAAUCUUAGUCUUGACUUGUCUGAGAUCUACAACACUCUUUACAGAUACGUGGUGAAUUUUCUACCACAAGAACUCAAGAAAAAAGAAUGUGUAAAUCAGUUCAAAAGUUCUUCCACCAACAACAAGUUCCUUAUAUUUUUGGGGUCUUUGAACCGAAAAAAUGGUAACUUAAGUCUCUUGAAGACCAACAUACUUUUGAACUCAAACAACACCAAACCAACGGAUAUCAACGGGGAAAGUGACCAUGAAGUUACCUUAAGAGAUACAAUUCUGCACAUUCUAGCUGGUGAAGCUGACUCAGAGUCAUGUAGCGGAGUAGAUGAUUCAGAUAUGAGUGAAGAUAACGAAACUGAUAAUGAUGAGAACGACAACGACGAUAAAGAAACAAAAGGAUUAAAUGAUGACAACUACGAUUAUGACCGACUAAAUGACCAUACUGGUGAUUUAAUGACUGCCACCUUUACGAGACAGAACAAAAAUCCAUACUCCUCUGGAGGUGGACACCAAACAUCAGCAUUUUUAUGAUACUUUUUUAAUUGUAUAUACAAACAUCUUCAUUAUCAUAUAUUUAUUUACAAGAACCACUUUUCUCAAUCCCAAAAUCCCCAUCCACCUUUCCCCUUCUGUCUAUCUUCCUUCUUCUUUUUGAAAAAAUCUCUCCGACAUUCAGUGUAUGCAUCAAAAAAUGCCUGACAAACAGAACGGUCGUCCUGAUUUCUCAACACACAGUUAAUUGACGCCUGUCUGCUUUGUUCACAUGGGUCAUAGAACUUAGAGGGCUCUUUGUUGACCCAAUUAUACUUAUGGUGGUGGCUAUUUGGGUUAUCUGGGUAAAACUUGUAGUUGUCGACUCCUCCUUUUGUGAAAUCGACUUUGUCUUUUCGAGUCUCCACGUAGUCAUAAGAAGGCUUCUGUUCGCUGGAGUUGAUGGUUUUGGGCUUGGUAGAUUGGUUGGGUGCCUCUUUUGCUGUCUCUUUGGUGGGCUCAGGCAUCGUAUCAAGACAACGAGGAAU